AUUUCGCGACAUAUCGUUCGGGAUAUUAAUCUGGAUUUUGUUAUUGCUUUGGACACGCUCUUAGAGGCUUUCUAAAGAGCUUUAGAGACGGAAAUGCGUCUAAACGUCUGUAUGGAGUAUUUCAUCGCUUUUAUAUUUAUUCUUUUAAACAAAACUGUCAGUUGUCAGAAAGGGGAAAUCCCUGAAUGCAGUCGUGGGGGUUAUACUGUUCUUCAGAGCCCGUACCGAAGCACCAGAUUCAGCUCCCAGCAGCUGCUCCAGUCUGCCCUGCAGGAGCUCGUUUGUGAUCAUUCACUAUCUCCCGGAUGGUAUCAGUUCCAGAUAUUUGAUAAGCCGGCCCGUAUGCCCACCAAAUGUGUGGAGGUGAAUCACUGUGGAACACAAGCCCCAGUGUGGCUCUCUCUGGCCGAAGGAGAGACUCUCCCUCGCCCUCUAGAGGUGAAGCAGAUGACAGCCUGCGCUACCUGGCAGUUCCUCGGAAGCGCUAGUAAAGACUGCUGUCUUUUUCGCCUGCCUGUCACCGUCCGCAAUUGCGGGGAAUUUUAUGUGUACUUACUCCAACCAACGCAAGGAUGCAUGGGAUAUUGCGCUGAAGAGAUGUCCGACUCCAAUCAAACCAGCUGUGACGGGAGACAAAGGAAUAGUGAUGGAACUUGCCGUGAACUACAGCCCCCCUCUUCUGCAAUACCUCUGAUAGUUGCUGAGCUCUCCGGCAGCAGUGUGUUCCUGAAGUGUAAGUUUGCUGACAGUAGUGGGAACAGCUCUCUGGGAUAUGUGGUGACAUGGUGGCGACUCUUGCCCGAGGGCACCAGAGAAGAGCUCAGGAAAGACACUACAAUAGAGACUUUUGCUUUCAUUGAGCUGGAUGGAAUUAACCUGCGACUGGGAGACAGGAUCCAUUGCAGUUGCACUAGUUUUUUUCUGGAGUCUCCCGAUAUGCAAAGCCUUCCUGUGGAGAGUGAAGAGUUUUACGCAGGCAUCCAAAUGAAACCACAAGCUGUCUCUAUUUCAGAAGAUGGGAGAGAGUAUGAACUGACAGUGGAGAGCACAGUACCUUUACCAUGUUCCUCACAGAGAUGCACUUUACUUUUGCAUCUUACCUCUAGUAAUCAAGAUUUGUCUCCAGUGGCAGAUGAGAAGGGCCUUGGCGUUGAUUUAGUCCUGUCCUCCUGUGAGGUGGAGCUGUCUCAAACCCCAUGUCAUAAGGGAGUCUGCAGUCAGGCAUCUGUGCACUACAGUGCAGUUACUGAUAUAUGGAAUGAUGGAGACCGAAGCACAGAAAUACACAUCAAACCCAUAAUCAGCACCAACUUCUUGUGGAACGGCUACACGCCUCAAAGUGUGCAGAUUCUAGUAAAGGACGUUCCAUCUGCUCACUGUUACACUUUUACGGACCCCCACAUCAUCACAUUUGAUGGCAGGAGGUAUGAUAAUUACCAGAUAGGCACCUUUGUGCUGUACAGGAGCACUGCUCGGCCGUUUGAGGUGCAUGUGAGACAGUGGGAAUGUGCCGGCAUGACCGCCCAUCCCACCUCGUGUGUCUGUGGCUUUGCGGCCAGGGAUGGUGGUUAUGUUGUCACUUAUGACAUGUGUAACGGACUGGUGGGAGAGACAAAGCCACGGCUCUCUGUGAAGAACAGAGACCUGCUAAAGAGUGGAAUCCGUGUCAAUGAGUCCUACCAAGGCCGCAAAGUCACUAUUACAUUCUUGUCGGGGGCAUUUGUGCGUGUGGAUGUGGCUGACUGGGGAAUGAGUCUGACUGUAAGGGCCCCAGGCUCUGAUCAAGGCCACACUGAAGGCCUGUGUGGAACUUUUGAUGGAAAGCCAAUGAAUGACUACCACAAAGAGGGAGGACAGUCUGUGGAGGACAGCACUUCUUUUAUCAACGCAUGGAGGUUGACACCCAGUAGCAGCUUGUUUGACAAGAUCCCCAUCUAUGAAAGCAACUCCAGUCUUCCUGAGUACUGCCAAUGUCAACAAGAGAAACACCAAUCAUCCAGCGGAGCAUCGCCUCAGUCCACCGUUUCCUCUAAGUGUUCUUCCUCUACCCGCAUCCAAUCUCCCUCCAUCAUCCCUACACUGGACGUAACAGCUGAAUACAUGAAGUCUGCGCAACUUCAUAGCGAGACGUCUAUCCCUCCCCGCAGACCGACGCACUACCGUCCAGCACAGCGAAGCAGAACAAACACUCAGAGAUCCCAAAUUCAGAGACGUGUUAUGAAUCCCCAAAGAUCCCAGAGUCAAAGACGUGUUAUAAACCCACAGAGAUCCCAAACUCAGAGACGUGUCCCAAGCCGAAGCUCCAGAUCAUCUCCAAAACAACCAGACCUUGAGGAGUCCACGUAUAAUUUCCCAGAGGACCAUUCUUCAUCGAAUUCACCUGAACCACUGGUACCAUCCUGGCCUACUGAGUCAGGCCUGACAGAAUCCAAGGCUCGGCGGCUCUGCGAGGGAACCCUGAGGAACUCCACGGUGGGGUUGGGUUGUGGGCAUCUCCUGGGUGAGAUUUUGGAGCAGGCAUUGGAAAUGUGUGUAGUAGACCAACAACUGAAGGAUGAUCAGACCUGGAUAGGAGCCACCAUGCCCCUCCUGGAGAAUGAGUGUGAGAGGAGGGUGGUAGAGGAUGUUGGCAGGAGGAAGGAAAACCAGGACAUUCUGGCCUCCCUUAGGUGCCCGAGCUUGUGUAGCGGGAACGGACAGUGCACAGAGUGGGGCUGCUCGUGCUUCCCUGGAUUUGGCUCUUAUGAUUGUAGCCAGGUGUCUGAUGAGACUCCAGAGAUCACAGAAUUGGAGAAUGGAGGACUGUGUGAUGUCCGUUAUGGCGUCUGUUCCUCUGUUAGGGUUCUUGGUCAAGGCUUUAAAAAGUCCUACAAGCUCAAAUGCGAAGUGGUGAAGGAAAAGAUAGUAGACGGUGAAUGGUCUUUGGAUGAUGCUCGAUUGGUGCCCGCCUCCUUCCAGAGUUCUUCCUCAUUAGAGUGCCAACUCCCUGUGGAUGACCCACAAUCCCCCGCCACUGCUCACCAACCAGUCUUACGCUGGCAAAUCAAAGUGUCUAAUGAUGGACACAGCUUCAGCAAUGCAAAGAUUCUGACUCUUUUUGAUGGCACAUGUCAGAUUUGUACGUUCAGCACCUCGGUUAUCUGCUCACUAAAGAACAGAACAUGUAAUAUUGAUGACCUGUGUUAUGGAGAGGGGGAUCACAGCCCGAGCAGCCCGUGUUUGACAUGCAGACCGCGUCUUUCCACGUACAGCUGGUCCGUUGCUGAGAAAAAUGAGCCACCUGUGUUUCACACUGAUCAGUCCAGUCUGAAGACAUUCUAUGGAGAGGAUUUCGUCUAUCAGUUCUCAGCCACUGAUCCGGAGGGCUCUGCGGUUCUCUUCACACUCAAGUCAGGACCCAGAAAUGUUGUUCUCUCUCCAGCUGGCCUGCUCAUCUGGAAAUCUCUGUCCACCAAACCGGUGACCUUUGAACUGGCUGUAACUGAUGACUGUAAUGCAGAGACACGUGCAGCGGUGAAGGUGUCAGUUCACCCAUGUGACUGUGAGAAUGGAGCUUCCUGUGUGACCAACAUUAACUUCCCCCCGGGGACUGGUGAAUACCUGUGUGUUUGCCCUGCUGGUCUGGAGGGGGACAGGUGUGAAGUUGAUGUGGAUGACUGCAGGUCAAACCCAUGCUUCUCUGGAACAUGUGUGGAUGGACUGAACUCCUUUACCUGCCACUGUCCAGAGGGCCUUACAGGUGUAAUCUGCGAUGAGGACAUUGAUGAAUGCUUAUCAGCUCCAUGUUACCCAGGUGUUUCUUGCAGAAACACGAUGGGCUCAUUCUUAUGUGGACUCUGUCCUGACCACCUCACUGGAGAUGGAAAGACCUGCAGCCAAAAGACAGUGGUUGAAAUUGAUGAAGACAGUCAUGGAAUUACUUCAGAAAGUGAGGUUAACCUCAGCUCCUUCAAACCCAAGCUUCUUCCAGGGCAGAGCCCAUGUGCCAGUCGGCCAUGUUAUCCUGGAGUCCAGUGCUUUGAGAGCACAUACACAUCUGCUGGUUACAUAUGUGGUCCGUGUCCUCCUGGGCUCAGCGGCAAUGGACAAACAUGCUUGUCAAGGACCGCAAACAGGCAGACACCAUUCAGAAAGGGUGACAGGCUCUCUGAUGUCACUUCCUCUUUGGCCACACCCUCAGCUGAACGUCCUAUUGGAGCUGAACGAUCUCCUCCUAGGAACAAGUGGACCUCAUCUGUUGAUAGGAAGACCACCACACACACCCUAGACCAGAUCGACACGAAUGCAAAAGCAAGUUCAAGUAGAGAGCAGCUGAAUGAAGAAGAAUUGAACCCUGAACACGCUGAGGAUAACAGAACCUGUGCGGACUCCCCGUGUUUCUCUGGAGUACCCUGUGAAGCGGCUUCGUCUGGCUCCUUCAGAUGUGGAAACUGUCCACACGGCUAUAAAGGAAAUGGAAUUACCUGCAAACCUGUGUGCCGUUACCCUUGUGGUCAGAAUAUGGAGUGCUCACAGCCCAACACUUGUACCUGUAAAGAGGGUUACACUGGAUACAACUGCCACAUCGCUGUGUGCCGACCGGACUGCAAGAACAAAGGAAAGUGUAUGAAGCCCAAUGUGUGUGAAUGUCCUGCAGGGUACAACGGCCCCACCUGUGAGGAAGCCAGCUGUGAUCCGCCUUGUCAACACAGUGGCCGCUGUUUGUCCAGAAAUUACUGCACUUGCCCUUACGGCUACGUGGGACCAAGAUGUGAAACUAUGGUGUGUAACAGACAUUGUGAAAAUGGUGGCGAGUGUGUGUCACCUGAUGUCUGUAAGUGUAAGCAAGGCUGGUAUGGACCAACGUGUAACUCAGCCGACUGUAAGCCUUUGUGCUUAAACGGAGGGACUUGUAUCAAACCAAACAUCUGUGCUUGUCCUAGUGGCUUCUAUGGUUCACAGUGUCAGAUAGCUCUGUGUAGUCCACCAUGUAAAAACAGAGGCCAGUGCAUGAGAAACAACGUGUGCUCCUGUCCUGAAGGAUACACUGGGAAGAGAUGCCAGAAAAGUGUGUGUGACCCCAUGUGCAUGAACAACGGAAAGUGUGUCAGUCCAAACACCUGUUCCUGUCCAUCUGGGUGGAGAGGAGAGAUCUGCAACAUCCCGGCAUGUUUACAGAAAUGUAAGAAUGGUGGAGAGUGUGUGGGGCUGAACACAUGUCACUGUCCAGCUGGAUGGGAGGGUCUGCAGUGCCAAACUCCAGUCUGUAAACAAACAUGCCUCAAUGGAGGGAGAUGUGUGUUUCCAAAUUUCUGUCACUGCCGUCAGGGUUACACUGGACCUUCCUGUGGUACUAAAACUAGGUGAGGAAGAUCUGAAAUUGAAGACAAC